UGGGAUGCAACUUGUGUAACUGGAGUCCUGACCCUUUUGCAGAACCCAACAAAGCUGACCAAAGAAAAGCGGCUUGAUACCGUCUUGAGAAACUAAUUUCAAGUUUUUAAGUUAUAAGUAAAGUGUUAUUGCUUUCUUUAGUCGGAAUUUAAUUAAUUUGUAGGAAUCCUGUAAUCCAUUUGCCGUAAGAAAUCAGUGAUACAAUGCUUCUCUCUAUCCUGUGCGCGGCUUUGCUUUUUGCUCCCUACCUGUGUGAAGCCGGGAUCUCCAAACGCCAUGUGAUCGGCUGCCCUGACAAAUGUGACAAAUCCCUCUGCGCAGCCAUACCGGCCGACUGCCUCGCCGGGGACAUCCUGGACCAGUGUGACUGCUGUCCGGUAUGCGCCUCCGGGGAGGGCGAGCCUUGCGGGGGACCCGGUCGCCUCGGGGACCCGGAGUGCGCGGAGGGGAUGGAAUGCCAAGUGACGGACGGCGUCGGUUACUCCGCCACUGUCCGAAGACGGGGAAAGACCGGCGUGUGCGCGUGCAAAGGCUCGGAUCCGGUGUGCGGCAGCGACGGCGUCUCUUACCGGAACAUCUGUGAGCUAAAGAGAGUCAGCAACCGCGCGCAAAAGCUCCAGCAACCUCCUGUCAUCUUCAUUCAGCGGGGAGCCUGCGGUAAAAGUCACGAGGAGAAUCCCGACAGCCUGAGACACAGGUACAACUUCAUCGCUGAUGUGGUGGAGAAGAUCGCACCAGCUGUCGUUCAUAUCGAACUCUAUCGCAAGAUGGUGUUUACUAAGCGGGAGGUGGCUGUGGCCAGUGGCUCUGGCUUCAUGGUGUCUGAGGACGGGCUGAUCGUCACCAACGCCCACGUUGUUGCCAACAAGCACCGCGUCAAAGUCGAGCUCAAGAGCGGUGCCACCUUCGAUGCCAAGAUCAAAGAUGUGGACGAGAAGGCGGACAUUGCCCUCAUCAAGAUCGACACACCGGUGAAACUGCCCGUGCUGCUGCUCGGUCGCUCCGCUGACCUUCGGCCUGGAGAGUUUGUGGUUGCCAUUGGCAGCCCGUUUUCCCUCCAGAACACGGUGACCACGGGCAUCGUCAGCACCACCCAGCGCGGGGGCAAAGAGCUGGGCCUGCGCAACUCCGACAUGGACUACAUUCAGACCGAUGCCAUCAUCAAUUAUGGCAACUCUGGAGGACCCCUUGUUAACCUGGACGGUGAGGUGAUUGGCAUCAACACUCUGAAGGUGACCGCUGGCAUCUCAUUCGCUAUCCCCUCAGACAAGAUCCGCCAAUUCCUGGCAGAAUCUCACGACCGCCAGUCGAAAGGAAAAACUGUCAACAAGAAGAAGUACAUUGGCGUGAGAAUGAUGACACUCACUCCAUCGCUGGCCAAGGAGCUCAAGGAGAGGCAAGUGGACUUCCCCGAUGUCACAUCAGGGGCUUAUGUCAUCGAGGUCAUCGCCAAGACACCGGCAGAAGUAGGUGGCCUGAAGGAGAGCGACGUCAUCAUCUCCAUCAACGGUCAGCGCGUGUCCUCGGCCAACGACGUCAGUGCGGCCAUCAGGCGGGACGACUCCCUGAAGAUGGUGGUGCGCCGCGGCAACGAGGACGUCAUGGUUACCGUCAAGCCAGAGGAGGUUGACCCUUGACCCCACCACCCCUCCAACACGCCAACCAAUGAGCUGGUUCUCAGUGCUCAGCGCCCGCGCUCACGGACCUUGACAGAGGGUUUUCGACUGGAGACACACACCUUCCUUAGAACGUGCAUCUCUUAGAACGUGGAACAUUUAGAACGUGGAUUCCACCCCACAUCGCCCAGUCACCCGUCCGCUGCCCCUUGUAAUGCUGUAGUUCACUGUUUCUCUGCUGCCAGACUUCUCUGUGAGCUGCGUACCUUUCACAUUCGCUUUAUUACUUUCAUCACUCAUCCAUACAGUCCGUCUGUCUAUCACACAUAGAGACCCGGCAUGGGGGGUGGAAAGACUUCGUGCUUUAACUUUUGUGUGUGUGUGUGUGUGUGUGUGUGUGUGUGUGUGUGUGUGUGUGCAAUGCAUGCGUGUGCGUGCGUGCAUGCGUGCGUGUGUGUGUGUGCAUUAUAUGUAUGUGUGUGUGUGUGUGUGUGUGUGUGUGUGUGUGUGUCUGUGCGAAAUGUGAGUGAAAACAUUUGUCUCUCAGUUUCUUGAUUCUAUGAGUGUAUGUCAUUUUUUUCUGAUGUGAACUCUUUGGAUGUUUAUGUUUUUGUUUUCACUUAUUGACGAAAAUUUCAGAAAGGGAUUAAAGAGAUGUUUUCAAAUGUUUUUAAACCAAG